GCGCAUCACGCUGUAUGUGUGUUGAGCUAAAUAGCACGUGUGGUUUUGUUCAGUCAAACAGCUAAGCUAAAAAGAAUAGCUCCUCCUGCAAAUGUUAUAUCCUGCUGUCAUGGCAGGGUAGUUUUCUGCAGCGACAAAAUGUUCAGGAAAACUGCCUGGAGGAAUGCAGUUAGUGAUGCAGUGAGUUUCCACCAGGACCAAGCCCUCAACGCGACCAUAUUUCUCCUGAAUUCAACAGGAUUUCUGCUCAGAGAGGAAGGAGACGAAAGCAAUUUCAAGGUUUGCCUGGGUGACCCCCACGCAUGCACGUGUCCUGUGUUCACCAAAAAGCAAGAGCCCUGGUUAUACUGUGAAGAUUUAGACUUCCCAGAGAACACGAAUAUUCAUUCCAGCCUGGACUUGGGGAAAGACAGAUCUUGGAGUUACUCCAUGGUUUACACCAAAUCAAAGCUCACCGGAUAAAAUGAUGCCUCUGGGACCUCAAGCCAACCACUCACAGGCCAGGAGCCUGGAAAUGUCUGUCGGAAAGUUGUCCAAGCCCAGGAUGUGUGUCCUAUCUGUCAAGAGGAGCUGCUGGGAAAAAAACAGCCUGUGUCCUACUGCAGGUUUGGGUGUGGUAAUAAUGUCCACAUCUCUUGCAUGACAGUGUGGGCAGACCACCAGAAACUCUAAGAGAGCAAAGAUAUGGUGAAAUGCCCCCUGUGCAGGGAGGACUUCAUGUCUCUGAAGUUUCUACAGAUGCAGGCAAAAAAUGCAUCAAAGCUCUUCACCACUGCUGAAAGAGAGAAACCAGACAGACAUCUGAGAGUUGUCUGCCACUGCUGUCGAAUUUGUCCUGUAACUGGCAAAUGUUUCAAGUAAGUUUAUGGCAGCUGUGUUGUGAGAAAUCUACAAUAUAUUUACCAUAUGUGCAUGCAGUGGUGUUUAAUGUGUGUACAUGUGUAAUUAUGGUCUACUGAAUAACUCUGUACGGUGUUCUAGUCAUUUUUAUUCCCAGGAUUUCUUCCACAAAUAAUGUUUUUCCAGAUGCAAAGUCUGCAGUUACUUCUAUAUGUGAGGACUGCUCAAAGAAAGGCUGCCACCCACAGCAUCAAUUAGCUUUCCAAACUAAAAGGAGAGAGAAGUGGCAUGUUGUGGGAGAAGGCCUGACUAAUGAUCUGGAUGAAGUGACGACAAAUGCCAGGCAAGUUGAUGACCAAAGAAAAAGACACUACUGUUUAUAAUGAAAUGAGCUUUUUACACUGCCAUAAAUCAAACUAUGGAAAGAAGCUACACACACACAAACACAUGCAGAGAAGAUAAGUAAGGUAAGACUUAAGGUAAGACUUUUUACUGUACUGUACAGUGUGUACAGCUUGAAAAUAAGUAAAUUCACGAGUUCAAAAGUUCUAGACCAUAGAAAAAUUAUCACGCUAUCAUAGAUAAAUUGAUGUUCAGAGUAAUACUGUACCAUAUAAUGAAAAUACAGUAUGUUUGUACACAAAACUGCUGCCUUGCAAAAACUUAAUGAUAUAUAAUUUCUCCUCUGUUUCUUACUACAUUCAAGUUCCAUAUGCACUGUGUGUCAGAACACACGGAGGAGGACCCAAAUGCACAGCGCAGACGAGGUAUGGUUAAUCAGUAACGUUUAUUGUCCAGGGGUAGUCGGGCGGUCCAGGUCAUACACGGUAAGGCUCAGCACAACGGCACAAAAGAGCCAGGCAGGAUCAGGUUCGGGAAACAUGCAGGGGUUUGGUACACGGUUAAACACAGCAGAGGUACAGACGAGGGCUAGAAAAAACUCACAGGUCAGACGGUCAGGUAAAUGUCACAAUCCAGGCGAAGGUACGGAGGAGGUUCAGGCAGGAAUCGGCGGUCAAAACAGGCAAGAUCUGCAACACGGGAUAAUAGAUAACAGAUAACAUAACAGAGCGCUGGAUAGUGGUGCAGGGAUACGACAAUCUGGCGUCUGACUGCUGGCUGAGGUGGUGCUUAAAUCCUGGGUGUGAUUACUGAUUAGUGACAGGUGUGCGUGGUGAACCGGGAUAACAGAAACAGCUGAGGAGAAAACAGGAAGUCCUUUCAACAUAAAACAGGAAAUGACAUGAGAAACAAGAGACAAGAAACCAGAUCGUGACACUGUGUAGUUGGGAUCCUGCAAAAGUCAAACUUCUGCCCAUUGGAUGGAUAUGUAAUUUAUAAUCCCUUAACCUGGAAACAAGAUGAAAGAAAGACCUCCUCUAAGUUGGCCUUGUGCCUUUCUGACAGCUGUGCCAAACAAACCAAAAAUAAUUUAGAGGACCUCUUUGUCCCAGGAGUGGCACUAUGGGCCAAGAACCCACAAACUGCUCCAUCACAUGGUUCUCUUAGCUUGGAAAAGUUGACAGACUCCUCAAAAAACUUGAACAUCUCACAUAGAUUAUUAACAAACCAGCUGUUUGGCUUGUGCAUUACCCCACUAGAUGAUACAACAAAAAACAACAAAGUGUAUUUCAGAAAAAUCAGCAGGAAGGUUCUCCUGAAAGCAAUUUUAUUAAUUAUCCAAAUAAAGCUGAUUCACUUGACAAUCAAAAUGUCCGUUCCUCAAAAAAGACAACAGCAGAAACCACAUCUGCUUCCCCCCGCAUGUUUGUACCUGUGAAAAAAAUCCAAGGACAUCAACAGGUUAACCUUUUUAUAGGCUUGAAACCACAACCAGUUAAAAGAGCAACAACAUCGUCUCCUCCCAGGAGAAUAAGAUUUCAACACAAACUGAGAAGCACUGUCACCACUCAGGACAGGAACAACAUACUCACUUCAGCACUAAGGAUGACUGGAGCCCUGAUGAACACAGCAGUAAAGUAAGUCAUACUGUAAGCUAGAUAAGUGUGUUAGUAUUUAUAUCUGCGUUUUUUUGGGGGUAUGUGGAUUAAUUCCCCUUUAUUUACGUAUUAAAGUUGGAAAUAUUUCGAAAUGAAAGUUGUGCUAUGUUGCUUUUAGUAUUAAUAAAAGAAAAAAACAAGAAUUUGUAUCAAGUAAGUUUAUUUGAACGCACAAAAAAGCUAAGACUAAUAUUACUACCAUAAUAGAGAGGUAAACAUAGAAAGGUAAAGGGAAUAGACUGCCCAUUAAAAGAAAACAAAGCCUAUUGGGUUUACUGGCUAGACACAGGAGGAGCACGCCAUAUAACACAUUGAAAUCAGUACAAAUACAUUCGGCAAAAAAACUAACAGAAAUGGCAGUAGGGCCAGCAGAAUGUUCACGCUGAUAUCUUUCAGAAGAAAUCAAUUGGACUUGUACUGUAAGCAUACGGCUUGAUGAAGUGCUUGCUGCUACAUUUAAAAUACAAAGCUGUAAUGUUUUUACAAUCCCAUGGGAAGUGUCACUCUCUAGACUAGCCCAAAAAUGACUGACUUUGGUCACAUGUGUUAUAUGACAAAACAUUCAGUCAUAAAGUGAAAUGCAGUGUAACGCUCAGAGAUUUACUUCUAGAAGAAAAACAACACAAUUUAAAUGAAAUUACAGACACAUACAUUAAAUGUUGCUUUACUACAGUAUAUACAUAAAAAAUAUUCUUAUAUCAAGGUAGCUACAAAUUCAAACUUAUCAGUGAAAUGUUUUACAACAGUACCAUGAUGGAAGACUUUUUCAAAAUUAAGUUCUUGUAAAUAUUGCUAAUACCAUCAUUUAAUGUAGUGAUGGUGAUUGUUUGCCAAAAAACAUCAGCGAUGGGGAAAAAUAGCAUUGUAUUGUCUGUAAAUGAUUUGUGCCAGCUAAACAAAGUGGCACAUAAAGUGUGGUGUGCUUUAGUUGACUCAAAGCAACAUUAGCAGUUACUAGGAACAGAAGGAUAUGAAGACAAAUAUGUGUUUUAACAAAAUCUAGUACUUUUCAGCAUAAAUAUUUGUUAGAACUUAAGCUUUUGUCUUGCACUAAACACAUAGUACACAAGUACAUAACUAAACACAAGUACAUCCAAAACUAACAAGUGUCAUUUGGUUUGUAAGUAUUUCUCUCAAACGAAUACUGGACAACUCAUGAUUGCAAUAGAUAAAUUUCUAAAGGAUCACCAAAGUUAGCAAAAAUCACCCACAUGAAUGUGUGUACCAAAAUGUAUGCCAAUGCAUAAAGAUGUCAAAUUCUGCUUAAAACCACAAACGUCGACACAAAGAAAAAAAGGAAGUGUUGUCAUACAUUAUCUAGGAAUGAAAUAUUUAAUUUACAGUAUAUUUCAAGGGUGUUACGGCACUAACAUUGAUAAAACAUCACUUUUUCAACCUUUAUUUAGUGUUUUUUGCCUCAACUCAUGAUGAUUAGAAACCAUAUAUUGUUUUUAUAUUCUGAAGACACUGGGGGAAAAUAAAUCCAUAAAGGCACCAGCUGUCAUCAAGUAGAGAGAAUUGGUGUGGCUCAACACAAUAUUUUGGUUUCUUUUGACAUCAGAUUACAAAUUAGUGAAUGCUAACAUUAACUUUAUGUAUCCUACUUUUUGCCUCUGAGCUUUGCCGCAGUACACGUUAUAACCAAAGCUGGGCCUUUUUUUAGGCAAGCAACCACAUGGCAAUAAUUAAUCCCAUAAAACAACGUGAUCAUAUUGGAAUACUAACAUCUAAUUAGUGUCUUGGAUGUGCAUGUACAAUUGUUUUUAUUUGGCUAUUCCUACUUCUUUGAAGUAGCUAUAGGCAGUACAAUACAAACACUAGCUACUAAAUUAAACCUGUAAAGUGUAAAGUUAGCGCUACAACAAAAUGCAAACAGUUUUUAUAUAAACAAGUUCACAUUCAUCAUCAUGCAUUUUAAAAUAAUUGUAGGCUUAAAACUGUAUCGGAUCCAAAAUGAAAGCUUGGGUUUGUGAUGUACACAGAUCCAUCAGGUUUCUGUGUCAGUCACAGGUGGGAAGUUUUCUAUUCACCCAUUACUCACAUUAUUUGUUUUUAAAUCUUCUUUAUAAUUUACUGCAGGCAUUUAUGGUGAGGGUAAGUGCACUACUGUAAAUAUAUAGACCUGUAUUUGUGUCCAUCCUGCAAACUUACCAUAUUUUAUUAAAUAUAGAGGAACACUGUGCCCCAGGUAAUCACAUUAGAACGUUACAGGCAGUAAGAAGGCACCCUCAUUAAUGCCAGUACUGGGGACUAUGGAGGAAUGUGAUCGCGUGGACAUUUUGCUGUGAAGAAUCUCGCUGGUGAUUUUUAGAAUUGAGGUGAGUGAAAGGACAUGGUGCACAAAACCUUUCUAACAGCAGCUACAUAAGGCUUCAUCAUGAUGUAGAUCUUAUUUUACUUCUUGAGCUAGUGUUCGCAUUCUUUGGCAAAGUUGUACAAUCACAUAACUCAAAAACCAUGCCUGUGAGCUAGAAGAGUGGCUGGAAUAUACACGUAUGGAUUAAAAUAGCAAUGGGACAUUUAAACAAAUGCAUUUGUUCGUCAAUCUAACUUCACUUCGUCAGAGCUCUCCCCUCACGGACGUGCUUGGCACUCCUCUUCUCUGCUUUCACUUUCUCCCUCACC